AGUUACUGAGAAUGACCCUCCCGCACAGGAGGGAAACUGCAGCAAGUGUACAGCUUUGCUGUGGUUUUGGUUUCUCCUUGAAGUUUUCCUGCUCGAGGCCAGUUCUGAGAACAGGUUCUGAAUAAGCAGCCCCUCGGCCCUGAUGAGCACCUUGGGUUUACUUCGUGGUCCUGCAGUGCUAGCCAGAGUAUGCUCGGGGCCUCGGGGCCUCUCGCUCCGUCCCCAGGAGGCGCUGCAGCUGUGCUGCAGGUGGCUGGCAAGAAGGACCACACCGGCCUGCUGUCCCUGGAUGAAAGCGAGCUGGAGGAGCAGUUUGUGAAGGGACACAGGCCGGGGAGCGGGGUGGGGGGGUGCCUAGCUACCAACAAGACCAGCAACUGUGUGGUGCUGAAGCACAUGCCCUCGGGGCUCGUAGCGAAGUGCCAUCCGAUGAGAUCUGUGGACCACAACAGGAAGCUGGCUCGGAAAAUCCUACGGGAGAAAGUGGAUGUUUUCCACAAUGGUGAAGACAGUCCUGUUUGCAGAGAGAAACGAGAGGCAGAGAAGAAAAAGCGAGAAAGGAAGAAAACAGCGAAAGAAACACUAGAAAAAAAGAAACUAGUGAAAGAACUACGGGAAUCAAGUCAAAGUUCCAUUGUGGAAAAAACUGCCGAUUCCUACUGA